AUGUCACAUCUGGAUCACUCAUGGCAAGAAAUUCAACACAAAACAUUUACAAAGUGGUUAAAUACAAGACUUUCAAGUCUAGAUUUAACACCAGCAGUUAGUCUUAAAACAGAUCUUUCAGAUGGAAUACGUUUAAUUUGUUUACUUGAAACUAUUGGUAAUGAAAAUCUUGGCAAAUAUAAUAAAAAUCCGCGUUUACGGGUUCAAAAAGCAGAGAAUGUUAAUAUAGCACUUGAAUACAUUAAGUCACGCGGAAUUCCGCUUACAAAUAUUGGAGCAGAAGAUAUUAUUGAUGGCAAUUUAAAGUUGAUCCUUGGUCUACUUUGGACACUUAUUUUAAGAUUUACAAUUGCGGAUAUAAAUGAAGAAGGAUAUACUGCAAAAGAAGGUCUAUUACUUUGGUGUCAGCGACAGACAUCUGGUUAUGCAAAUGUUAAUAUCUGCGAUUUUACAACAAGUUGGACAGAUGGGCUUUCUUUUUGUGCUUUAAUUCACAAACAUCGCCCAGACUUGUUAAAUUUUGAUGAACUAGAUAUCAAGGACUGUAGAAAAAAUAUUACACUGGCGUUCGAAGUUGCUUCUAAAUAUAUAGGAAUUCCUCAAUUACUUGAUGUGGAAGAUAUUUGUGAUGUUAGCAAACCUGAUGAAAGAUCUAUCAUGACCUAUAUCGCUCAAUAUUUCCAUGCCUUUUCCACUUUAGAUAAAGUGGAAACGGCUGGACGAAGAGUUGAAAAAUUUGCAAAAACAAUGCAAUCUGUAUCUAUUAUGCAAAGUGAUUAUGAAACAAAAAUGAAACAAUUAAUUGAUUCUAUUAAUAAAAUCCAAACAUUAUGGGGUAUAUCAACUUUCGAUGAUUCAUAUGCAGAUGCAAAACUCCAAUCAUUAGAGUUUAAUGAUUAUAAAAAAACAUUAAAAAGAGAUUGGGUUAAAGAGAAACUCUUUUUAGAAUCUCUAAUGCAUGAUAUUCAAACAAAACUUAAAUCUUAUUGUUUAAAGAAUUACAUUCCUCCAAAGGGUUUAGAAUUAAAUGAUUUAGAUAUUACUUGGAAAGGACUCAUAAAGGCAGAAGUUAAAAAAUCAAGACAAAUAAAUGAAAAAAUCAGAGAUAUCAAAGAAAAUCUUCGUAGAUCAUUUGCUGAAAAAGCAAACAACUUUUCAUUAAUGCUUAGUACAAUAUCCAUUGAAAUUAGCGGACUUAAAGGUGAUCUUGAAGAACAAUUGGAACAAGUUACGCUUCUUAAAGAACACAUUAAGCCUCUUAGAGACGAAUUGCAGCAAUUGAAACACCUAGACGAAAAUUGUAAAGAAGCUAAGAUCGAAGAAAACGAUUAUACAAACUUUUCAUAUGAUGAUUUGGAAUAUGAAUUGGAUCUAGCAUCAGAUUCAGUUCACAAAAAAUUACAGUUUAUUGAAUGCCAGAUUCUCACUCGUCAAAAAACAAAUCUUACACCUGCACAAAUGAAAGAAUUUGAUGCUGUCUUUAAGCAUUUUGACCGUUACGGGAUUGGUGCCUUACAAGGAGAUGUAUUUACAGCCGCAUUAGCAGCUCUUGGUCUUGCUUAUGAUGAACAAGAAAUGGAAGAUAUCAUUGCAAAGGCAAGCAGUGAUACAGGCGUUGUUACGUAUUCUCAAUUUAUCGAUUUUCUGGUUGAUGAAAUGGAAGAUCAUAAUUCUCCUGAUCAAGUUCUUUUGGCAUUUAGAGAUGUAGCAGAUGGAAAAGUAAGUAAACAAAUUAUUUUAAUCAAUUGUUUAAACAUUUUUGAGCCAUAUGUCACCGAAUUGGAUUUACGGCAGUCUUUAAUACCUUCAACAGAAGUAGAAUAUCUUAUUUCUCAGAUGCCAGAGUUACAAGAAAACGAAACAGAAGUUGACGAAGAAGACCACGGGUAUCCAAUCUUUGACUAUUGCUCAUAUAUGGAAAGUCUUCUUGAUCUUAAUGACACAAUUAUAAAAAACAAGAACACAUGUUGA